AUGAAAUAUUCUGGAAAAGAUGAUGAUCAGGAGGAUUCCGAUGACCAAUAGAAAACAAGUAUUUCACAAUAUUAAGCAAAUAAAUUGAAGCAACAAGCAAAGGAAAUGCAUGAAAUGUUGAUGUUGUUAAAGGAAAACUUUGAGGAUGAAGACUGUGACAAAUACUACAUUUUGAGCAAAAAGUAUUUGAAUCUAAUUUUAUUACUUAGUUGGUUCAACCAAUGGAAAUAGUAUGUGUCAUAUGAUUAGGUUGUAAAUGAUCAACCACCUGACAGUAAAUUUGGAUAAACAAUGUUACAUGGUUAUAAUAAUGAUUUGCUAGACACGCGCAUAAAUGAAUGCUUCAAAUUUCAUCCACUUAAUACUCAUCCAUGGAAUACAUGGCUAAAACCAAAUUUGUAAGAGGAUAAAGAUUACAUUGUGAUUUCAUAAUAAAUCUAAGAUUAUUUGAAUUAAAAUUACAGAGGUACACAGAUUAUGAGAAACUCAAUAGGAUAAGGUAAAAAUAAGAAUGUUGUUGUGAAUUUGUUAAGGUUCAAUGCCACUCUAAUUUUAGCUAAUACGAUCAUGUAAAUUGCUUAAGAUAAUCUCACUCAAUUCGAGAAAGAAAUUUUGUAAGCUGAUGAAAAUUGUGUAAUUAAGGAUCUCUAUACAUUGAUAUAGAAAACAGUGCAUACUUUUAGGGGUAAUUACAAUACUCAGAAUGGUGUUAGAAUUUGGAGAUACAAACAUUAAACUGACCCAUUUAAGGGAUUGUUCGCAGAAAUCAAAAAGCAAGUUUAAGAUCUUGAUUUCAAUGAUGAUCAAGUCUUUGAUUUUUCAGGAGAACCUAUUGAGAAUUCACCAGAUAUCACAUUGAAAUCAUUGAAUCUAACUUAGAAUGAUCUUGUUUUAAUUGAAUUCUAACAACACUAUAAACCAUGGUGUAUUAAACAUCCCUCUGUUCCAGUUGAAGGGAAAUGUGAAGGUUGUGGUUAAAUCAGCGAACUUCACUUUCCGUGUAAAUGCAAGAAGGUAGCAUAUUGCUCUGAAAAAUGUAAAGUGAAUGAUGAACAAUUUCAUCUUCCAAAAUGUGAUCCUUGUGGUUCUGAUGAUGAAUAAGUAAAAUAGAUCAUUAUCAAUGAUCAAUCUGUUAAAGGAAUAGCUGGAUUGGCCAAUUUAGGCAACACAUGUUUUAUGAAUAGUGGUACUCAAUGUUUAUCAAACACAUAUUAAUUGUCAGAGUAUUUUAUUACAAAUAAAUAUUUUGAUGAAAUUAAUGAAGACAAUCCUCUAGGAACUAAAGGUUAACUAGUAAGAAAAUAUGCCUCUUUGAUCAAGAAAUUAUGGUGUGGUCACAAGAAUAUUGUAAUUCCAACUAGCUUUAAAAAAGCAGUUGGAUAAUUCUAACCCAUGUUCAAAGGAUUUCAAUAACAUGAUUCUUCUGAAUUAAUUACUUUUCUAUUGGAUGGAUUACAUGAGGAUCUAAAUAGAGUCAAGAAGAAACCUUAUGUUGAAUCUAAGGAUAAUUAAGGGAAACCAGAUUUCGAAGUGGCAAAGGAAAGUUGGGACAAUCAUCUUGCUAGAAACCAAUCAAUUAUUGUGGAUUUGAUGCAUGGAUAAUAUAAAUCAACUCUUAAAUGUCCUACUUGUUCUUAAAUUUCUAUUACUUUUGAUCCAUUUCUGACUUGUGGACUUAGUAUUCCAAAUAAAAAGUAAAAGUCCAUUCAAGUCAAGUUUAUUAAAUCAAUAGUCUAAAUUGAAACUAAAAGUUUAACCUUUGAUGGAUCCAAAAAAACAAUGCCCUUACAUGAAUUUACUAAGGAAUAGAUUAUUCCUGAAUUUAAAAUUGAUCCAAAUGCAGAAUUGAUAUUUUACACAUCCUUCUCUAAUGAUUUUCAAACUCUUAUUGAUCCAAAAUCAGAAAUUAAUUCAGUGAGAAAGAAUUCAAAGAGAGGAUAUCUUGUUGCCAAAAUAAUUAAUGAAGAUGAAAAGGAGAUACCUGUAGAUGACAGAAUCUAUUUGAAUUAUUCUUAGAAAGCCUUGGAUGGAUUUGGAUAGUAAUACAAAAGAACCAUAUUUUAAUCAUUCUAUGUAAUUAUAUAGAAGGAGUUUACUCUAAAAUAAAUACAUCUUGCAAUUUUUAAGGCUCUUCUUCCAAUAUUUUGCGAUGUAGUUUCUCUAAGUGAAAUAUCAACUCCUGAACUAAUAAGAUAAUACUACGAGCAUUAUAUUUAGGGAAAAUACUACAACCUAUAUUUCAGAUCCCAGAGUGCUUAUUGGUAAUAAUGUGGUUUUUGUGGAUUGAAGAAUUGCCAAGAUUGUGAAGCAGACUAUAAGGAUGACACUUAUGAAUAGAUAAAGACAAAAGUAUAGGCGAGUGAUCAACAUAAUAAGAUGGAACUUAUUGUGUUUUGGAUUCAGAGUCCAUUUCAAAAUGUGAAGCCUGUUGACAUCUAUUCAUAUUAUCAGAAUUAACAAUACAAAAAGUAAAUGGAAGAGAGGAAUGCAACAAAUAAUAAUGAAGAUGAAAACAAUGAUAAUAAUAAUUAGAACAAAAGAUAUGUGAUGACAUCUAAUAAUUAUGCUAAUAAUAAUCUCAUACCCAAAGUGACAUUACAGGAAUGUUUGAGAUAAUCAGAACAACCAGAGUAAUUAGCUGAAGAUAAUGCUUGGUAUUGCAAGGUUUGCAAGGAACAUGUCUAGGCAUACAAAAGCAUGUAGAUUUAUAAGGCAUCUGACAUUUUGAUCUUCACAUUAAAGAGAUUCAAAGCUUCAAGUGGAUUUUUCAAGCAGAAACUGGAGACAUUUGUGGAAUUUCCUGUAAGAGGGCUUGACUUAACAGAUUUCAUUUUGAAUAAGAAUAGACCUUUGGAUUAUGAGUAGGAAGUGAAGGAUUAGGAGAAGAUAGAAGAGGAGUUCCAGGAACAAAAUGAGGGCAAUAAGAAACUCAUCUAUGAUUUAUUUGCAGUAUCAAAUCAUUUUGGAGGCAUGGGAGGUGGACAUUAUACUGCUUUUGGCAAGAACCAUUUGAAUGGAAAAUGGUACAAUUUUGAUGACGCUUAAGUGGGUGAAGUGGAUGAAGAUUAGGUUGUAACUAAGAGUGCAUAUGUUUUGUUUUACAAGCGUCGAUCUAAAGAUGAAAAUACACAAGACUUCAAAACACAAGAUUGA